UUGGAUUCUGAAACAAGUAGUGCUCUGCAUUUGUAUCUAGAUUGUGAUGUGGAGGAUUAUUAAAAUGACUAAAUAAUUGUAUUUCUUUUUUUUUGUAAAACCUGAGACUUUCAUUAAACUUAAACAUUGUUUAGAGCCCAUAGGACUUGUAUUAAUAAAUCCAUAAUCUCUAUAAAUAUAAAAUUAUGAGAACAAGUCCAAAGGGGGUUGUUAAUUAUUUUCAUGGCAAGCACGUUCAAGAAAUGGCUCCAACCAAAACCAAACAAGCAACAUAGUAUAUAUAAAACAAACCAGGACAUAUAUAUAAAACACAACUAAAAACUGAACGAACAGAGCAGAAAACAAAGAGAAUAGAGAGAAGGACUUCAAAAUGGGAAAGCCAGCUGGGUAUUGGGUGAAUAAGAUUAGGACAUCCUUCAAAGGAGGAUCAUCAUCGAGCAAAUCAUCAGAAGAUGGAAGUGCUUCUGGUUCUAGAAAGAGCGAUUCGAAACAUAGGAAGAAUCAGAGAACAGAGGAAGGUAAUAAGAAUGGUGAAGCGGGAAGAGCUCAAUCUGAGAGUGGGAGGAAAGUGAUGGUUGUCGUGGACACAACUUCACAAUCAAAGAAUGCUCUUCAAUGGGCAUUAACACAUUGUGUUCAAGAUGAAGACAAUAUUACUCUCCUUCAUGUCACAAAAACACCUGUAGGACAAGGUGUAGAUAAGACACAAAGGGAGAGAAACUCAAGGGCUCAUGAACAAGUACAUCCACUGAAGAACCUUUGCCAACUCAAGAAACCUAACGUGAAGACGGAGAUAGUGGUGGUUGAGACAGCAGAGGAGAAAGGGAAGGCAAUAGUAGAGGAAUCAAAGAAACAGGGAGCAGGAGUUUUGGUUUUAGGUCAAAGGAAAAGAACUUCGAAGUGGCGUGUGAUAUGGAAGUGGCGCACGAAAGCAGGAAUCGGUGGAGGAGUUGUUGAGUAUUGUAUUCAUAACUCAGAUUGUAUGGCUAUUGCCGUCAGGAAGAAGAGUAACAAUGGAGGUUACUUGAUCACCACGAAACGUCACAAAGACUUCUGGCUCUUGGCCUAAUGAUUAAGACAUCAUUCCUUAUAUUGAUCCCGAAACCUUUUUUUUUUCUAAAUCAGAAGAAGUUUUUUUUUUAUAAAAAAAAUACAUGUUUUCUGUAUAUGAUUGACAAUGAUCUGUAUUCGUUAUAAGAUCUUUUAUUUUUCUCAUGUACAGACUUCAUAUUUGUUGAUGUUUUUUCUUGUGUGGAAAGCCUCCAAAAAUAUAAAUAGUGAAUUGUAUAAUCAAUAAGAAAACAAGAAAUAUAACCAGAGCAUCAAGUCACACUCGCACAUAUAUAAAAACAAUAUCAUAUUAUUGUUAUUCAAUAUGGAACACAAUUUAAAGGAAAGGAGUAUUAUACAAGAUAGACAA